GUUCCCCGCUUAUGUGAAUUAUUACUUAGAUACAUGACUCUUAGCCUGCAUCCUAAGCACGCACCAUGCCCCACUACUGGCGAGCUAAGUAGGACACGGUGGAGGUCUUGCUAUCCUCUAUGGAAGAUAUUCAUAUCCGUAUGUAUAACUAGGCUCCGUCCAAUCAACGACUCCUGGGCACUUGUUUUUUUACUAACUAUCAAUUUCAAAUCGAGCCGCAGAGAGUACGUUGAGAAAGUAACCGCCGAACUCGGACCUCAUUCCUAGUCCCCAGAUCUAGAUAUAAGACAGCGAGUGGUCUGUUGGAAAUGCUUUUGUUUUCUCAUAAUGGUCUUCAAUCUGGUCAUAACAGAUAACAAUGGCGAGUCUCAAUCUGGUUGAAGCGUCCAUCGAAGAAAUUCAGGCUGCCUUGUCCUCAGGCGCAUUGACAAGCGUUGAACUGGUCGCUCGGUAUCUUUGCCGAAUCGCUCGCUAUGAUUGCCGUGGUUAUGCGUUGAAUUCAAUCCCUAUUCUGAACAACGAUGUUUUUGGAGAAGCUGCUGAAUCUGACGAUCGUCGAGCGGCGGGACUGGUAACGCGUCGGCUUGAGGGCAUCCCGUAUACUGUCAAAGACAGUUAUAAAGUCAAAGGGAUGACGGUUGCUAGCGGAUCCCCAGCCUUCAAAGAUCUCAUUGCCAACGAAGACGCGUUCACCGUCGCUACUAUCCGGGCUGAAGGUGGCAUCUUGCUUGGACGUACUAACAUGCCACCAAUGGCCUAUGGUGGAAUGCAGCGAGGCGUGUACGGACGCGCGGAAAGUCCUUACAAUCCUAAUUUUCUGGCGGCAGCUUGGGCGUCAGGCUCGUCAAAUGGCUCCGCAGUUUCUACGGCUGCCUCCUUUGCUGCAUUUGGUAUGGGCGAGGAAACAGUAUCGUCUGGGCGAUCGCCAGCCUCGAACAACGCCUUGGUCGCUUACACUCCGUCCAGAGGCUGGAUUUCGAUCCGUGGUAACUGGCCACUAUACCCUACCUGCGAUGUCGUGGUUCCUCAUACAAGAACUAUGGACGACAUGCUCACGCUGCUUGAGGUCAUCACAGCUAAGGACCCUAUUUCACAAGGCGAUUUCUGGCGGGACCAACCAUUUACAAAGCUCACUGAGCCGUGGGGUGGCUCCGCAGGUUCGAAGUCCUUUCGAGACAUCGCCACCUUCACAUCGCUCGCCGGUCUGCGGAUCGCGGUACCGAACAUGUAUAUUGGCGGUCCUGUGCCACAAGGUGCCACACCCGUGUUCACAAACGACGCCGUUAAACGGCUCUGGGACAAUUCAAGGAAGCAACUUGAGGAACUAGGCGCAGAAAUAGUUAUUGUGCCCGACUUUCCUGUCGUGACAGCGUACGAAAACCCAAGCCUCUUACCCGAAGGAUCGAGUCGCCUUCCGGAAGAUUGGCCGUGGUACGAAAGAGGUCCGCUAGUAGCUCACGGCUGGGACACGUUCCUGCGCGUCAACGCAGAUCCUCACUACCCUAGCCUCCGUUCCGUGAACGAAUUCGAGAUCUUCCCCCACUCCAUGCGAACUCAAGCCGAGCUAGAACACCUGCCAAUGUCAAACGGUAUCCAUUGGGGCAAACUUGCGGGUUACACCGAGAAGACAUCCUUCUACGACGUUGAUUCUUUGGACUCGGCUGUUGUGACUCUUGAAGAGCUGCGAAAAAUCUUGCUUGAUGAUUACCUAGAGCAACUCAACUGCCACUGUUUCGUUUUUCCGUCACAAGGGGAUGUUGCGGCAGCCGAUUCUGACGUUAACCCCAAGACGGCCGCACACGCCUGGAAGAACGGCGUUUUCUACAGCAAUGGAAACAGGGCGCUUCGUCACCUGGGAAUUCCUUCGGUGACAGUGCCAAUGGGAGUCAUCGAGGAUAAGGGAAUGCCCGUGGGUCUCACAUUCGCUGGACGUGCCUACGAAGACGAGAACCUGCUGAAAUGGGCGAACGCGUUUGAAAAGAAGACCCGACUUCGAACAGCCCCGGCGUACACACCAUCCUUACCGUCAGAUAUUAUUCAACUGGUGGAUCUGCCCCUGGGCGGCACGCGAGCGAAGCGACCGGUGCUGAGAGUCGACAAAUGCACCAGCGUGAUGAGCGAUCCUGGGUCCACACGAAUUCAAUUCGAGGGAACAUUGAGAAAGUCCACAGACGGGAAAGGCGAAGUUUGGGUGCCUCAAUUGCAAUGCACAGUAAACGGGAAAGACGUCCCUUCGGAACAGAUCGAAAUAGACGUCGUAGACGGCGUAGAUAGCAAUUCUGACAACGACUCAACCAUUUUCCGUGGCUGGGUGCUGACUCCAAAGCCACUGGAUAGGGACCAGCGGGAGAAAACUAUAUUGCCGGUCGCGCGGGACAAGACCAUGGUGGUCAUUUUGGCGAGGGCAGCUCCAGGUGGAUAUUCAUCUGGUUAUCUAAAUUUGAUUUAGACUGCAAUGGAAUGGUUCUUGACCCAUGCUAUUACUCUGAGGCAG